CCUCUUUCAUACCCUGUCAAUCGCUUGUAGCAUCAGGGUGCCCGUCAAAAUGUCGUCUCCUGCUCCUUCUCAGUCUGACGAUGGCGGCGAUGACAUCCGCAUGCACGGCGACCCAAACGAACACGAUUCAUCUGAAGAAGAAGAAGACGAUGAAGAGGAGGCUGCUCGGAUCAGAGCUGGAUUUAUCGUGGACGAGGAUGAUGAGGAUGAGGACGAGAACAUGGAUUCAGAGGAGACGAGGCGGAAGCGUCGCAAGCACAAGAAGAGAAAGAGAGCUCAAGUCGAUCUCGAUGCCGAUGACCUGGAGUUGUUGAUGGAGAAUACCGGAGCCCGUCGACCACUAGAUGAUGGUUCCGAUCGAAAGCGUCACAAACGGAGGGAUUCGUCCGACUCUCGUGACGGUCGACCGACAUUAGACGACAUGUUCAAUGAGCCUUCGACCUCAAGAAACGACCGGAUGGACGAUGGGGAAGAGGAUGACAUGGAUGACUUCAUCGAGGAAGAUGAGGAUGAAGAGAUGGAUGAAGAUGCUAGGGCCGAAAUGCGUCGACAAAAGAAAGAGGCUAAGCGAGCGAAUGCAAAGAAGGUUCGAAGCUAUGCGGGCGCCGAUCAGCAGACACGCGCCGAGCUCGAGGACAUCUUCGGUGCUGGAGAUGAGUAUGCCGAGGCUCUCAAUGUCGAGGAGAAGACAAGCAAGAAGAGCAAGGUCACGAUGCACGACAUUUUCGAGCCCACUGAACUUGCGGAUCGGUUCCUGUUACCCGCCGACCAACGCGUCCGAGAAGAAGAUCUACCGGAAAGAUUCCAAUUCUCCAGCUCGACACUGUCGACCAAUCCGAUCUACGCGGAAAAGAUGGAGUUUCCACCACUGGAUCCGGCGGUUUCUUGGAUCGCCCCACGCAUCAGUGUUGACGCACAAAUGGCGUUUCAGGGCUUCCGUUCAGGUGAUGCACGAGAUAGCGCUACGAUCAAGACAGAAAUCGAAACUGCUGUGCAAACCGCUCUGCAUGGGAUGUUCGAGGAGGGACUUGAAGUACCCUACCUGGCCCGACAUCGGCAGGAUGCAUUCGUCGAUGCCACUGGGCGAUUCGCUUUGCUGAACAAAUCGGAACUAUGGAGAUGUUACGACUUGGGUUUACGUUAUCGAGCGAUCCAUCAGAAACGAGCCGCUGUGUCGAAUCUGUACAACUCGAUGCGACAGCUCGACAACCAAUUCGAGGACGAAUACUUCGAGGUCAAGGUGCUCGCUGUUCCCGACGGCACAGCGAGCGGGAGUAUUGAGGCUGGAAACGAAGCCCUGGAAUGGCUCGAUCUCCGUUACCCGCGAUUGGUACACGAGGUCAGGCAGACGGAUGGACAAUCUUCGGAGCGAAAGCGAGCCGGAGGCGCCACCUCGAGACGAAUCAAGCAUGAGGGAAAAAUCGGUGAAUUCGUAGAGAAUCUCGCCGCCCCUUCAUUGGUCGCGACGUGGGUCCAUGAACGAAGCGAGAGACACGUGCGAUCAAAUCCGGAGCAAUUCCCGGCAGCACUGGCUGAGCAGUAUGUGGAUAACGUAUACAACACCGCCGAUAACGUGCUCCAAGCUGGACAGCAACUCCUGACUCAGGAAUUUGGAUGCGAUCCGCUUCUUCGCAAUAUCGUUCGUGACCAUGUCAAGAACACUGCGUUGAUUUCUUGCACACCCAGCGCGAAAGGGAAAUCAAAAAUCGACGAAUUGCACAUGUACUAUCGUUUCAAAUACCUGAAAUACAAGCCCAUCAACGAGGUCUUAAAAGAAGGCAAAGACGGGCUGUUCACGCAGAUGCUUGCGGCAGAAGCGGAAGGCCUCAUCAAUAUCGAGAUGGAGAUUCCUCCAAACACUCGGGAGAACAUAUUCCGGUUCAUCAUGAGCGCUUGGGACGCAGACUUUGAGAGUGGAGAUGAGCUCGCGGAAGCUUGGUCGCGAUACAGGGAGACCGUCGUCCACAGGGCUUUGGAUCAGCUUCUUCUACCCAAGUCCAUGGUAUGGCUGAAGGACGACCUGAAGCAGGCGAGCGAGGACGAAAUUUGUCAGAAUUGUCAGCAGGAAUUAGAAAAGAGGGUUGACAUGCGUCCGUAUGGAAGCACAAACGGAGGUUCUGUUAGCGUGCUUGCCAUCAGCUUCGGUAAUGGAGGGAAAGAUGCGGUGAUGGCGGUCUUUUUGGACGCCAAGGGCCAGGUUCACGCUCAAGCGAAGUUUGAUGGGCUGGGUGUGACGGAGGACGCCACAGACUUCGCUAAUUUUGUCAAGGAGCACAAGCCGGACGUCGUGGUUAUCGGCGGAUUUACGGCUGAAACCCAUCGAUUACGGAUGGAGACGGACGCUAUACUGAAAGAUAUCGCAGCCACAAAUGCCAGCGGGACCGGUAUGAUCCAAGGCAUGUCCGGCUUCGCAGGAGAAGAAUACCUCGACGUGCUGUCCAAGCGCCAAAUCCCACUCAUCUACGUCCAUGACGAUGUGGCUAGGCUGUACAUGAACUCUGCUCGUGCCAUCCAGGAAAACCCGGGCUGGCCUGCAAACUCUCGAUAUGCUUUAGGGCUGGCUCGUUUCACGCAGGACCCUCUGAACGAGUACUGCGCUCUCGGCGCUGACCUAGUGGCUAUCACCUAUGUACCGAAGCUGCAAGCGCUGGUCUCACAAGAGCGCCUUUUGCAAUGUCUCGAGCGUGCCUUGGUGAAUGUCGUCAACGCUGUCGGUGUCGACAUCAAUCAAGCCGUGAAGGACGUGUAUCUGCAAAAGGUGUUGCCCUUCGUCGCAGGUUUAGGUCCGCGUAAGGCGGAAGCUCUUGUCAAGAGCAUUAUACGAAGGGGCGGAUCGGUAGUCAGUCGUAGAGUGCUGCUCGAGGAGGACCUCUUACCCGCUUGCGUUGCCGUCAACGCAUUGAGCACGUUAUACAUGGCACAUGAGAGCCUCUAUGAGACGGAUGUUUCGAACGAUCCGGAUGACUUGGAUAACCUCGACCCUCUGGAUCACACUCGGAUCCAUCCCGAAGAUUACCCUAUUGCACACGAGAUCGUUAUCAACAUACUCGGUCUAGAUCCGGAAGAUUACCAGAACAGGGCUCAACAUGAUCAAGAUAACGAAGAUUGGCCGAAGAAGAACAUCUCGAGACCAGUCAUCCAGCUGCUUAGCGAUCAACACGUGGAGCGCAAGAUCGCCAGCCUGGAUAUAGAGGCAUAUGCCAAGGAGCUUACGCUGAGAUCUGGCAAGCGGUCCAGGUUCCUCGUGAGCAUGGUCGCGAAAGAAAUCGUGGAGCCAUACCAGGACACAAGAGGGCCGUUCGCUCUGCCGAAUGAGCUUGAUGUGUUGAAAAUGCUCACCGGAGAGACACUCGAGACGCUCGAUCGUGGCAGGAUCAUCACCGCUCACGUCAGCAUGGUCAAGCCUGAAGUGGCUUACAUCAAGCUCGAUUCUGGAGUGACGGGAGAGAUCCCUCAACAAUACAUCCUGGAUGGUAACUCCCAGGUGAACGCCAAGGAUUUACUCAACAAGAGCCAAGCUGUUCGAGGCGUCGUUGUCAGCCUUCGAGCGGCCGAACUAUACAUCGAGCUAUCGAUCCGUCAAGCUGACGUUGCGAGGGCUGCCGCCGACCAACUGGCUCACAAUCGAGAUCGGAACUUCGAUUCCGUUCAGGAAGAUAAUGACAAGGCGAUCUUGCUCAAGCAAAAGCGGGUGCGAGAAGCUGGUCUACCCAGGGUCAUCGACCAUCCAUCGUGGAAACAUGUCAACAAGGCUCAGGCAGAGUCCAUGCUAUCGGACAAGCAGGUCGGGGAAGCCGUUAUCAGACCUUCGCACAAGGGAGUCGAUCAUAUUGCUGUCACUUGGAAGGUUGCGGAAGGGAUCUAUCAACACAUUGAUGUGACGGAACACGACAAGCCGAGUGAUAGCGAACUAGGUCGACAGCUCUCCAUCAAUAAUAGCGAAUUCUUUUCGGACCUAGACGAGUUGCUUGUCAAUCAUGUCGGUGCCGUUGUCCGAAAACUGGAUACCUUGAUGCAGCACGAGAAGUAUCGUCCCGAGGGGCAAUUGGACGAUUAUCUGAACGACCAAGUGCGAGCUCGACCUGGUUCGUCGGCCUAUGGGUUCUCUCUUGACAGUGAACGUCCGGGCUGGGCGAAACUUUCGUUCCUCAGCCGACCCAAAGCAUCAGGUGGCGUGGUUCAGACAUGGCCCGUCAAGAUCAAAGCGGAUGCUUACAAGCUGUUCGAGACCGAAGUCCCUGGUAUGACCGAGUUGUGCAAUGCUUUCAAGAUGCAGUAUCAGACCACGCUCGAAAGCCAGAGACAGUCCGCCAUGACGCCGCACGGAUCUCGUACGCCGGGAGGUAUGCGGACGCCUGCAGGAUCUCGUACACCAGGUGGGGGCCUGUCGAUACGACCCCCUGGUUACGGUACUCCCCAAGCUCACGCUCGAGGAAUGGGAGGCGGGUCGACUCCGAUGGUGCGCCCCCCUGGAUACGGCGGAACACCUUUGGCGCUCGGCCAGGCCACGCCGAUGAGACCCUUUGGCAUGGGAAACGCUACCCCUCGACCUCCUGGCGCCCUAGGAAACGCGACCCCACGACCUCCUGGCUAUGGGACACCCUCGAGCAGACCCCCGAUGCAAUGUGAGCGACAUUCGACACUUCUUCGUGCUCAGGAUGAAUAUUCACUUUGUUGACUGUACCACCGUUGUAUAUGAUAAGACGCCAUGGCGACUCCGAACCCAUAUGCUUCUAACCCCUAUGCACAGGUCCCUAUGAUGCCUCCUCCAGGUGCGGCGCCACCACCACCACCUCCGCCACCU